AUGCAGCGCUCGGAACCCAUGCUGCCAUCAACCACUCCAACACGGCCCUCGGAAGAGCUGGGCGUCGAUCUUUUUCAUCUGAACGGCCAGGACUACGUCAUUCUGGUGGAUUACCGGUCACGCUUCCCGGAAGUCAUCAGCCUGCGUUCGAUCGACAGCACUGGCUGUGAUCAACGCUAUCAAGAGCGUCUUCGCGCGCCACGGGAUCCCGCGACGUUUUCUGCAAGAGAGUUCUCCGCUUUAGCCCAGUCCUACGGUUUCUACCACGUCGCUAGCAGCCCCCAUUUUCCACAUUCGGACGGGGAGGUUCAACGGAUGGUGAGGACGGUCAAGGGCCUGUUGCGAAAGUCGGAUAAUGCCUGCCAGGAGCUUUUGGCAUACCGGGACGCCCCUGGGGUAAACGGAGUGAGCCCUGCUCAGCUUCUCAUGGGCAGGCGCCUACAGACCGGGAUAGCAAACACGUCCCACCAUCUGGACCUACACUGGCUCCCAUCGAUCCCAUUCACUCAGCGUGACCAAGACAACCGGAAGCGCCAAGCAUCCAACUUCAACAGAAGACACGCGGUUCGCGCACUGCGGCCUCUUCAGGCCGGCGAGCGGAUUUGGGUACGGGAAGUCAACUCCCAUGCGAUCGUCAUGGGGCCAGCUCAACGGCCCUGUUCCUACCUGGUGGAGAUUCCGACGGGUGUACUGCAGCGCCACCGGAUGCACAUGUGUGAUGAUUAA